AUGGCAACAGGCGAUUACCUUAAUAAACGACCGCAAAUUAGAUCCCCACCAGCACCUAUUCAACAAUUUAAAGAUGUAAACCGUCAAGAUACUCCAAUUCGUGUCCAGGUAACACGCCAUGACAAUGAAAAUAAGAAACAUGUCAAUUUUGCUAAUGAUAGCCUUAAAACUGAAAAGAAUGGUAGCCGUAUCCCGACAAAAAUUCCUGCCCAACGCAAAGAAAAGAGUAGUGAUAAUGGAGAAACUAAUGGAAAUUUAUUGCAACAUCGGCAAGUUCUACUCAGUCAACCUCGAUUGAAUUCGACGAAAGUGAUUAGGAAUACGUUAAAACAAUUAGAGAAUUCUGAUAUACCGGACGUUAUUUUAACUGAUGAAAUCAAAGCAAGUGUCAACAGUAAAGCAAGCCAUGCCUUAAACACUGGCAGAAAUCAGCAACGAUAUCACUCUUUGCUACCUCUGGAAGGCGAAGAUUCCGCACUUGUGCUGAAAACUGUUCCAGCUACCAAGACAAAAUAUAUCCGCAAGAGCACUGAACCAAUUACUCAUAUUGAUGAUUGUUUACCAAAUGAUUAUUUUUCUGAAGUUUCUCCGUUCGAUUUUCAACCAAUGACUAACAAAAUAUCCUCAGCGGAGGAAUCAGUCACUUCAGCAUUUGAAUUUUACCAGGAAAUGCAAAGGUGGAUAUAA